AUGGCCUCCAGACCGCCGUCCGGCGCCUCAACACCCAACCCACGCUUCACACCCCAAGCAAAAACCGCCGAAGACCUGCUCAGCACACAAACGGUCGGGCUCGUAGCCCUCUCGGACUUCCGCAAACGACGCGCCGAGGCACUCGAAGCCAAAGAACGCGAUGCUCAAGAAUUGCUCAAUGGUGGGGGAGGAAGCGGUCGUGGCACACCAGGCACGCACAGUGCGUCUACACCCACGGAACCCAAUGUGGUGAAGAAGAAGAAGCGCAUGGUCGGGACACCGAAGCUAUCGUUUGGAGUUGGUGAUGAGGAAGAAGAUGGCGGCGCUUCUCCUCAGCCAACGAAAUCGAGCAGCGCUUCGCCGCGAGGAACGACGCCUGUCGAAGGAGGAGCUGGCGCUGGAAAGAAGAAGAUGGGGGUCAAUGCUGGUGUGGGCGUUGUGCCGAAGGCGUUGACGAAGUCGGCGCUGCUAAGGGAGGCGCAGACGAGGGAGAGUUUGCGGAAGGAGUUUAUGGUGCUGCAGGAGGCGGUUAAGGCGACGGAGAUCAGUAUCCCGUUUGUGUUCUACGAUGGCACGAAUAUACCGGGUGGAGUGUGCAGAGUGAAGAAGGGGGAUUUCAUCUGGGUGUUCUUGGAUAGGAGUCGAAAAGUUGGCGCGGAUUUGGGAGUGGGUGAGAAGGCCAACAGCAGGAGGGAGUGGGCUCGAAUUGGAGUGGACGAUUUGAUGAUGGUUAGAGGGAGUCUCAUUAUACCUCAUCAUUACGACUUCUACUACUUCAUCAUAAACCACACCCUCGGUCCCAACAACCGCAUUCUCUUUGAUUAUGCUUCGAAACCCCCUGCUACUUCUACCGCUCCAGGUAUAUCAGAACCAGGAAAUCUUGACAACUACAACCCUCUAUCUGUUCCAUCCGCAAAACCAAAAGUUACCGAUGAUGAUCCCAAACCAGACUUGGAAGGCCUGAACGAUGAUCCAACGUUUACGAAAGUCGUUGAUCGCCGAUGGUACGAACGAAACAAGCAUAUCUUCCCCGCUAGCGUUUGGCAAGAAUUCGAUCCAGAGAAGGACUACCAGAUGGAAGUAAAGAGGGAUCUUGGGGGGAACGCCUUUUUCUUCUCAUAG